UGACGUUUAAACACAGAUACGUGUUAAGACAGUCACAUUUAUCAAAAUCAAACAAGAGGCGUGGCUUUUAAAAAACAAGCUGAACACGAUGAAAUACUGAUAGGAUUUUCCCUCACACACGGAGCCUUCUGCUAUACAUCUGAGACGUAUCUACAUCGACUAUGGUGAAGGUUGUCGUCACUUUAGCUUUUGUUUUCCUCCAUACAGGACACAGUCUUCAUCCCUAUCCGGGUGAAGUCUGCAACCAAAGGCCAACACAUGGACCAUGCAAUGCACAAUACAGUCGGUUCUACUUCAACCCCGACACACAAACGUGUGAGACGUUUACCUACGGUGGCUGUGGUGGCAACGCUAACAACUUUCAGAGAAUCACCGACUGUGAGAAAAUCUGUUUCCCCACUUGUGCUGAGAUGUCUGAUAGAGGGCCGUGCAGGGGGCUUAUCAAUCGGUACUUCUUUAAUCCUCAAAGCCAAACGUGUGAGGUUUUUAUCUACGGCGGCUGUGGCGGCAAUUGCAACAACUUCAUUAACAUUACCCAGUGUGAGGAAACCUGUAACGACGUCUGUAACCUGAGACCAGAAACUGGACCAUGCAGGGCGCGUGUCCGUCGGUUCGCCUUUGACCCUGCCACACAAAGUUGCAGGAAAUUUAUCUAUGGCGGCUGUGGUGGCAACCCCAACAACUUCAAGACCAUCAAUGCCUGUCGGAGAAAAUGCAUUCCUGAAUAAAAAUCUCGAUGUCCUU